AUGUCGCGGCUUCCGCUUCAUCCUCGACCCGACUGUCUGCAUCUCCUUGCGGCCCUCUGCAUGCUCUCCGUACUCUUUUCCGGCGGCUAUUCUGGUAUAGCUGUUGUCUUUACUUGCUUUUUCUUCACUGCUGCUUCCGGCGCACUCGUCAACGUCACUGUCGACGACCAGGGCGUAGACCCAACGUCAACAUAUGGCAUCUCAUAUACACCCAAUUGGAACAUUGGGCAGGCAUGUAUUACUUGUAAAGCUAGACCAGAUCUCGCGCAGGCGAAAAACGGUACUUGGCACGAUGCAACGCAUCAUAAUCCAUCGGAAACCCCGCAAAAUGCGACUUUCGACUUCACCGGAUUCGCCAUAUACGUCUAUGGCAUUUUUUCGCACUCAAAGACUUCUCCUAUCAGCAGUGCUGACAUCUCGUUCUUCAUUGACGGAGUCAAAAAAGGAAACUUCACAUUCACCCCACCAGCUCCCAGAGCGCAUACACAUAUAAAUGGGCGAAUAGGUGGGCCAGCCAGCCUGGUGUUGCUGGAUUAUUUGGUAUAUUCAAAGGACGAUGGUAGUAGUUCUACCCCGGAGCUCUCAGAUCACAGUCCUACUCCCGAUACAUCCACUGCACCCGAGACAAGCAGCUCUUCUAGUGCCUCUGGUAUCCCGCCUACACCCUUCCAGCUCAGACGCAGUAACCAACGGCACACAUCAUCCUGUCGGAAGUUCUGGUUCGAACUCUUCUCUCGGAGACACCAAGCCUACAUCGACCAGCAUCUCUUCCGAGCGUCUCCCUCCACGCCAAACAACAUGGUCGCACCAAACCAUGCUCAUGGUCUUUCGGGCGCAAUGCGUACCAUUGUGAUUUGCCUCACGACUGCUGUAUCCCUCAUUAUACUUGUUCUCAUCGUGCUCGCACGCAAGGCUCGUCGGCACCGACACGCCGCCAGUAGUUUUCCUCACCGUGUUGCUCUUCCCAACGAAACCUCCGAAUAUCUCGGGCGUCUUGCAACGGUCGGCCAGGCAGAGUCACCGCCCUACUGGGAACCCGCUCCAAGCCACUCCUCAGCGUCCUAUCGCGCAGAGCGGGCGAGUACGCUCCAAGAGGCGCCCCGUGCACACACAUCAGAAAAGGCGGCAUACGUCCCAGCUGAAGGGAAUUCCGCGCCAUUCUCACGGAGGGGACAAGUCAUGGUUGCUGAUGACGCGGGCGAAAGAGAGGGAUAUGUAAGGUCGGAAUUAGCAGAGAGCGUGCACCCCGGUAGCAGUCUUGCGGCAAUGACUGCUCCACCGAUGUACGAGAGCGAGGCUGGGGCUGCACCGAUGUACGAGGAUGAGUAG